AUGCCUUCCGAAAAAGCUGUGCCGACCGGCAGCGAUGUCGGUGGCGAGUUCAAGCGGACACCCGACGAACCGCAGCUGGCUUAUAAACUCGGCAACAUGAACUGGGCCGACUUUGCUGGUCGAUGGAAUGUGUUUAUAAUCGCCUGUGCGCUCUCGGGAGUCGCCGAGUUGGCUCUGUGGAUGCCGGCCACCUACGAGUCCGCGGUCAUCGGCUUCGCCGUCAUGUACGGUUUCGUUUCGUGCGCCUUCAUCGGGCUUUUCGCGGCCCUGCCGGAGUCGGUAUCCCCUAUGCCCGAGGUCGAAUGCCGGAUGGGCGUUGUCAUGCUCUUCGUCUCGAUUCCCGCCCUCACCAUGGCGCCUAUCGGCGGGCAAAUUUUGCAGAGCUCAGCGGAUGGUUGGGUUCACAUGAAGAUUGUCGGAGGUGCCAUGUGCUUCGCCGGGUCUGCCAUUAUGAUAUGUGCCAAGGUUCUCUAUACUCAAAAGUUUUCGGGCGCUCUGAGAAGAUUUGGUGGACGACCCUAUAUAUUGACCCACCGCAAAAGUGAUGGAUGGAAUUUCCUAGAAGGCCAUAGGAGUCUCGCUGGUGGGCCGCGCCGUGGUGCCCACAAUCACACCGAGAGGAUGUGCGGACAAAGUAGAGGCUCGGAUCAACACGUGGACAUUUUCGCCGAGGUUAUCGAAGGUGCCGGCAAUCUCGACGGCAGCGUCAAGGAUGAAGACGAUGCUGGAAAGAGCCGCAUGAGGCAAAUACACGCGUUGUGGGGAGACGCAUGA